AUUUUGCAGUAUUGUGGUUCAGCAAUAACAUUACGGAAAAUAAUUUACCAUCAGUGAAAGUAGUUACAGAAAAAAUACGCAAGAAUGCUUCCAGAAGCGCUGCAAAGGCGUUUGGCAAUGCGUGGUAUCAUCCAGAGUGAUGGUACAACAACGGCCGGCAGCCAACAGCAUCUGCCAGCACCCCCUUCCCGACAGCAACAACAUUCGGAUUCGUCGUCACAAUCGGAUACUGAUUCCCAGGAAGACCUUCGCAAUGCGGAUUUGAAUAACGAAGAAAUUAUUGCCGAGGAUUACGAUGAGUAUGAUCAGGUUAAUCCGGAAGCAUUUGAGUACCCGGUCCAGAAGAAGAAAAAUAAUCCCGCUAUGGAUUGGACCGAAAAAAUGAAACAGAAGAUGGUUAAACGGUACGGAUUCCAAUCGGUUGAUGGAUGUCAAAAUAAGUACAAUAUUUACCACCACUGUUCGAUGUACUGCGUCCAACGCUACGGAGAAGUUGAGUUUGAAAUUGAGAAGGAGUACGAGAAAAGGGUUAAGCGUAUGCUGGAGAGGUAUCCACUCCCACGUCACUGGCGUAGGGAGUAUGAUAUUGGAUGUAAGGCAUUCUAUUUCUAUAAUAAGGAAACGAGGAUAGUUUCCUGGCUGCCACCAACUCAUCCGGAUGCAAAGAUGACUAAAAGCGCCAAGGUACUGCGGAAGGAGCUGAUGGAAAAAACUAAAAACCUUGAGAACGCCAGCGAGGCCAUCCCCAAGGCAGUGAUUGUGGAAAGUUACCCACCCAUUCCUAAGCCAUCCAAUCAACCGAAUCGGGAACCUUUGGUUGGACCUGUGGGCGAAAGUUUGAAACCACCGGUUGUAAAUCCGCCGAAGAGACCUCACAACAAAUAUCCAUCCAGGGAUGAUGACAAACGACUCCGCAUGACCGGGCCUGGCCGUACCGAUCGCGAUCGGGAACGUGACCGGAUUCGCGAACGAGAACGUGACCGAGACCGGGAUCGUCGUGAACGACGCGAUGAUCGGCGUGAGCGGGAUCGAGACCGAGAUCGUGCUCGCUUUGGCAAAACGAACUCCACUGCACUGGAUCCGAUGGAUCCGGCUGCCUACUCGGACAUCCCCAGGGGGACCUGGGCAAGUGGGCUGGAAGCGACUGCGGGCGGUACGAAAAAAGAGAAAGACAAGGAGAAGAAGACGGAAAAACGGAAGGGACCUCGCGAGGAGGAAAGCGAUGACGAGCAUGAAGUGCUGAAGGUGGCAGCGAUCAGCGAGUUUACGCAAGAAGAUGAAUGAAUGUAUUGCGCCACAUAUUAUUCUACCGAUUUUUGCAAUAAA